AUGGUCAACGCUCUGACUCUCCUGGCUCUCGCCAGCCCCGCCUUUGCCGGUGUCAUGCAGGCUCGUGGUGACGAAUACAUUCGUCCCUCCUCUGCUGCUGUUGUUGCUGCGUCCAGCACCCAUGAAUGGGCUCACCCUACCGAGACCCACACCACCCUGUCCACCCCGUGCACUACCUCGACCAGCAUCAAGCACACCAGCUCGACUACCUCGUCCAGCAGCAAGCACACUACCACCCCGUGCACCACCUCUACCACGCCUUCUCACACUUCGACGAAGCAUGUUACCACCUCUACCACGCCUUCUCACACUCCGACGAAGCCUGCUACCACCAAGACCAUCACCAUUGUGACUACGACCUGCCCUGUCACCUCGUCGACCAUCACUUCUGGUACCAGCACUAUCGUCAUCCCGGUCACCCAGACCAGCACCAUCACCCUCACCACCACCACUGUCUGCACUCAGUGUGAGGUGAAGCCUGUCACCUUCAUCAACUCCACUGUUCCGACCACUGUUCCGGCCACCGUUGUUGUGCCUACCACUGCUGAAGUGGUUACUUCUGCCGUUGUUGUGCCCACCCCUGCUGUCGUUGUGCCCCCUGAGUCUUCUGUUCCGGCCAAGCAGCCUACUGUCCGGCCCGCCGUCUCGCAGCCCGCUGUCGCUCAGCCCGCCGUCUCGCAGCCUGCUGUCGCUCAGCCCGCCGUCUCGCAGCCUGCUGUCGCUCAGCCCGCCGUCUCGCAGCCCGCUGUCGCUCAGCCCGCCGAGUCCCGGCCCGCCGUCGCCCAGCCCGCCGAGUCCCAGCCCGCUCAGCCCGUGUCUCCUGCUGCUCAGCCCUCCGCCGCCCAGCCUGUGACCCCUGCCGAGCAGCCCGGCGCCACCAGCGUGCCCUUCACUGGUGCUGCUUCCAGCGUCAAGCCGGCUGCUGGCCUCCUGGCUGGUAUCGUCGGCAUGAUGGCUCUUCUGUAA